AAACCCUGUUAACUCUAUCCAAAUCCAUUGCACCAAAAGAAAAAAUUCAUUUUUUUGAUAAGUCAAUCACCAUUUGAAAGCUACCCUUUUUUUUAUUUUUUUUAUUUUUUUCUUAUUUGAAAGCUAACGUUUAGUUACCGAGGAUGCUUCGUUGGAGAUUAGGCCCUAAUCAAACGCUUUGUUUUCUUCUUCAUUAAGAAUCUGUCCCUGUAGAUCUAUGCAAUAUAUAUAAGGAUCAAACUGUUAGAUUACCGUUGAAACGGAAAAAAUGCCUACUCGCUGUGAGAUCUGCUGCGAAAUCCUUAUUGCAAUCUUGCUUCCUCCUUUGGGCGUUUGCUUCAGGCAUGGCUGUUGCAGCGUUGAGUUUUGUAUUUGUUUGUUGCUGACUAUCCUAGGUUAUGUCCCUGGAAUAAUCUAUGCUCUGUACGCCAUCGUUUUCGUUGAUCGUGAUGAAUACUUCGAUGAGUCUAGGCGUCCUCUCUAUUCAUCAUACUAGUAAAUCAGUACCUUCUUGUUCUUACUCUUUAAGCUGUAACGUCUGAAUUUAUAUCUGGUGUUUAAACUCUUCUUAAUAAGAUCAAAUUUUAUGCUUAAUUUGCUUGACAA